UCUGCUGGUGUGUGUCCGCAUCCGCAGGAGGAGGUAACGACUAACAGUAACAUUCACAGCAGUGAUGAGUGAUGUACAGAUUUGAACUGUAAACAUCAGGGGGGGAAAUGCUUCAUUUAACAACAGUUUAUGUGAUUUUGACAUUUGUUCUUGUUUAGUCUCGUGACCAUGAAAACUCAUCUUUUUUGUCGACCUGGUCCUUGUGUCUCUCCCCCAGCGUCCCAAGAUGGACCACUUGUACAACGUCUCCUCUUAUGUGGAGGUUCAAUUCGACUUCAUGCCAGAGAACGUGGCCGUGGUCUUCCUGUUCGCCGCUCUCAGCUACAUGGUCAUACUGUUCUGUAACCUCACUCUGAUCAUCACCAUUGUGCUGAACAAAUCUCUGCACCAGCCCAUGCACCUGCUGCUGCUCAACCUGCCCAUCAACGACCUCAUUGGUUCCUCGGCCCUUUUCCCACAGAUGCUGAGAGAAAUCCUGGCCAACAGCAGGAUGAUAGAGUUCCCCGCCUGUGUCACCCAGGCUUUCUUCAUCCACAUUUACGCAGCGGGGGCCACAGUUAUUCUCACUGCUAUGGCCUAUGAUAGAUACAUAGCCAUUUGCCAUCCCCUAAAGUACAACACCGUCAUGACCCCUGCUUACAUCAUGAGAACAGUCACGGCCGUGUGGCUGUCCAGUUUGAUCCUAAUAGGCGUACUCUUCAUCCUGCUCCUGCGCUUACCUCGCUGUCGUUCGAGGAUCACACAGGUCUACUGUGACAAUCCCUCUCUGCUGUCGCUGGUCUGUGCCAGCACGGCCGUCAACAACAUCUACGGACUCCUCAUCAGUGCCGUUUCACAAACAAUCGCCAUUGGGAUGAUCCUGUACACGUAUCUUUGGAUCCUCGUCACCUGCUUCAGGUCCAAACGUUCAGACACCAAAGCCAAAGCCAUGCAGACCUGCGCCACUCACCUGAUCGUAUUCCUCAUGCUGGAGUGUCUGGGCCUUUUCACCAUCAUAUCGUACAGAAUAAGGGACAUUUCACCUCAGCUGAGGAAAUUGUUCGGUUUGUCCACGUUAAUUUUUCCACCAACUCUGAACCCAAUCAUCUAUGGACUGAAAACCAAAGAAAUCAGGGAGAAACUGCUGCAGUUUGUGAGGAGAAAAGUUCUGCCGUGUAAAUAGUUUUAGUCUGAGCCAAUGAGCAGAGAGCUUUUAUAAAUAUAUGGAUAAAUGUGUAGUAGGUGUGUGGGUAAUAGAACAACAUGUACAUGUUUACAGUUAUAUUGUGACGCUGUAAGUAUGAAAACGAUCAUUGACAUCACUUCCUGCUCAUAAAUCAACUCAGGUUGAGGCUUAUUAUCUGCACUGCAGUCAAACUUACCAACGCAGUAUAUCAACGAGUACUGUUGCCUUACUUUAACAUCACUGUAUCUGUUGUUGCAACACUGAACUUCUACUGAAGCCUGUCCACCAGAAACUGUUCACUUACUGUUUUUAACUGCAGGUGUGAAACAAUAAAACAAAAAGUUGUGAGAAUGUAAGUACCAAAUAUGGAAACAUCACUGCAAAAAGCAGAGAAACAACCUCUAAGAAAUAUGUUAGAAAUAUGUAAGUAUUGAAACACACAUGUUGUGUCCCUUUCUUUUGGAAACUGUUCAAGGUUUGAAGGAUGAAUGAAAAAUAAUAAUAAAACCAAUAAAAAACUGUUGUGAUUCCGGUUUUACAAUGAUUAAAUAAAAUAAAAAUAAAGGUCUGUAAUGAUAGUUUUAAGCAUAGUGAAAUUUAUUCAAAACGAAAUUAAGCCCACCAGAGAGCACUAAAGGCACACAGUAAACGGUCUGGUCAUUUGUUCUUCUUCCUGUCCUGUAUUUUAUUUUAUUUUAACAAGAAGAUAGAUAGAUGUUGAAUUUAAACAAAUGCUUAUA